CUCUGCAAAACGGCUCUGCCUUCAAACUACUGUUUCGCUCCAACACCACUUCUUUUUGAGGUCUAGUAUCUUCUGAGAUCCCGUCUCUGGGCUGGGCUUCCUGUGACUAAGAACCCAUCCUCCUCCUACACCCUUUUUCCACUACCUGAAUCCAAGAUCCCUUUGUUGUUAAACUAGGUCCCAUCCUCCAGGUCUGUAGAGUCCUCAAAGAGAAACUGCUUGUGAUUAGCCUCUGGCAACUUUUGGUCAGCAAAACCUUCUUGCCAAACCUGAGCUUGGGCCUUGAGCUGCUCUAGGAGAGAGGGAUGAGGAGCACCGAGUGUGGUGACCACUGUACAUGUAAAAGGAGACUCUCAUCAUCUGGCCUCACACCAGUGGCCAUCAUUGUGCAGUCCACACCAGGCAGGAAACGUGAUGUGCUGUGCUUCAGAGAGUUCUAUUUCUGUAUGGAGAAGAGAGAGGGGUGUGAGGACAUGUUUGCAGGUCUGUGCCUAUCUGUGAACCAGGCAACCAUCAGGCUGUGGAUUUGCAUUUGUACAUCUGCUUUGGCUUAGGAUGUGGAGGCAAAGAAAGGGGAUAUCUGUCUGCAAAGGCGAGGGUGCAGGAAGCUUUGGAAGAAGGUGGAAAUAUUUUUUCCAUCUUUGUCUGGCCUGUUGAAUGGACAAGCCAUGCCAAACAGAAACUGCAGCUACUGCAGGGCGGUAUUGCCUGGCUGGAGUAGCUGCAAGACUCAGGUCAGAGGGGGUGGUUCUUCCUCCUGUGGAGUGAAUGGGGUGUUUGGCUGGGUAGGGAGGCAGUGGGAUGGGUGUUCUUGCGGUGUCACACCAUCUUCAAGUGUGAGGGUGUGCCUCAAACUGAUUCACACUCAGUAUUGACCUGUUUCCACUCCCACUGUGACCCAGCAGGGAUCCUCUAAAACAAGGGCAAUGAUGAUGUUCAUUCAGGUGUUGCUCUGGCGCACUGUAUUAGGAACGGCGAAAGCGGCAACACAGACUCCUGCUUUAGUUGCAAAAGAGAGCACUUUUAAUUCUUGCAGAUCUUCUUUUAUAGACAGUUCCCAGAAGGUCCAAAAAGGUAAAGCUUCCAUUGGUCAUCAAACUAACACAUCACCAUAAUUGGACAAUUAGGAACAACACCACUUGAUUAUUUCUUGCAAGUAAACAACAAGGAUACAACACCUGCAAAGGUUGUUUUCCUUCUCUAAGGACUGUUUGGAUUCCUCCCUAUGAUUUCCCAGGCCAGAGUGAGAGAGUUGUGUACUUGACCUUCCCACAGGCUCAAGCUAGUGUCUGAAGCCUAAAAAUGUUUUUUUUUUUGACCACUGUCAGUUCCCACAUUGCUCAGGUCAGCAAUUCCAGCUAUUUUUCACAAAAUGGUCCAUGGUAUUUCUGCUGUAGACACACUCCUGUCCCCGGGUUUCAAAGUGAUCUGUAAACUUGUGCAGACCCUGAGAGCAAAAUGAGUGAUCCAUUUGGGUAUCUAAAAGAGGAAGCUAUGUGUCUUGCCAUUAUCCCAAGAGGUCAUUUUUGCUCUCUCUUUUGCCUCCCAGCAAUGGUUUGAAACUGGUCUGAGAAUGUCUGAGCAGUGCUAACACCUGACCCCUCUAACCCGGUUUCUGCACUUACUGCUUUAUCAGCAGGAAGUAAAAUGUGGUUUGGUUUUGUUUUUUUUUAAUUCUUGUCCUUACUAGCCUUUUUGAUACUUCAGGGCCUUGUCUCAGUCUGACAAGGCAAGCAAGCAGCAGCUUCCUGUGCACAGGUGAGAUGAAGAAGACAGAGAGAGACCAUGCAUAGAUUAGAGAAACAUCUUUGGAGCAGAACUGCUGGGCUGUAGGCACCUCUUCUCUUGUGGACAUGCACUGAGCCAGGAUAUCUGCCUUCAUCGCUCUCCCUUUUCCCCUCACCCUUCCCCUCACUGUUUGACAUUCAGCACCUGCUGCCAUCCAAGAUCAUCCUCACGACCCCAGGGACUCCCUUCAUCUGGACCGCUCGGUGCCCGGAGCUGGAAGUGUGUCUCCAGAACUGAUGAAGCCCUCAUUGCUGCUCCUGUCUCACCUCUGCCUGUUCAGCCUCAUGCCUCCCUCCUGGGCAUCAGACUCAGCACAAGGUGCCUCCAGCCUCACUUGUUGGUAUGACUCACGGGCGGCUCUCUUCUGCGACUGGGACCCAGGCAGGGACCUGACUGAAGCACCAUGCCAGCUGGAGAUUUUAUCAAAGAAAGGCUUUUGUGACAGCUUCCUGGAGUUAAAUCCCUCACCUGAAAAAUGCAAGAAGUACUGCAAAUUAUUCAAGACAGAGCAUAUGACAGGACUGAGGAGAUGCAUCAAAACCUUCAACCAAAAUGCUAAUAAUCAGUGCUUCACCGUUUCAGACCGUCUUAAUUUGUCUGUCCAUUGCCACACUGCGGAGAAUAAAACCAAAAUACCUGCCCAAAUAAAAAACUUCAAUCCAUUUGCAAACAUAAAGCUGAGGCCUCCAGAAAACCUUCAGCUGGUUAACAUAACUGAAAACACCUCCAACCUAACAUGGAGCCUGACUAUUUCCUCUCACUAUUUGGAUGGGAUGCGGGAGUACCAAGUGCGGUACCGACACGUGGCUCAGUCCUGGGAGGAGGCUGCAAACUUGCCCAUUGAACAGGACCAGAUGUGGACAAAUUUUGAGAGACUCUCACCCAACUCGAAAUAUGAGGCAGCUGUCCGUGCAAGGCCAAGUGCCAGAAGCACCUACAAAGGCGUGUGGAGUGACUGGAGCAAGCCAGUCCUGUGGAGGACACACGCUGACCGUAAGGGAACAUCCCAGCCAGUCCUGCCAGUUCUGAUAGUGAGCACUUUUGUCUUCGUGAUCAUUGGGACUGCCUUCCUCAUUAACUUACGGACCCUGAAAUGGUUUAAGAAGAUCCUGAAGAUUCACAUCCCAGACCCUGAGAAGUUUUUUCCCCCACUUGUUUCAGUUCACGGAGGUGACAUUCAGAAAUGGCUCUCCUCCCCAUUCUCCACAUCUUCCUACUGUGUGAACAGCACAAUCCCAGAGAUCUCCAUGCUCGAGGUGAUGCAGAAGAAUGACCAGGAAUCCCAGUUUCUACUUUCCAAGGGAGCCCUGACUCCUGAUCCUCCCACAGAAACCAGUGUGCACUCUGGAUCCAGCUGCUUCACCAACCAAGGCUACUUCUUCUUCCACCUUUCCAACUCCUUUGAGAUCGAGCCCUGUCAGGUCUACUUCACCUACGAGCCUUUCACCCAGGAGGGCAGUGGCAGCAAGGAUGGUGAGUGUUACCAGGCUCUCCCCUCCCCAGACCUCUGCACACUGGCAGAGGACAUGAAUGUGUUGCCCAGUAACUUCUUCCACUGCAUCGAGGCAACCCCAGGCUUCCAAAAGAGCUCCUUGGUGGAAGAGACAGCAGGUGAAGCCCAGCAGGCCAUGCCUGUUCCGGGGGCUCUCCAGUCGAGUGAAAGCACCUCAACAACACCUGUUCUGGAACAGGAUGAGAAGGUGAUGGACAAAGCAGUUUCACAACCUGCUGAGGCCAUGUGCCAGCUGGACACUGACUUUCCUGACCAGCUGGACUUGCAGGACAGCGAUGCUGCCAGUGUGACGGAGGGGAGUGGGAAGGGAGGCCCUCCAGCUGACCCCUGCACACCAGCACCUAGUGCUGCCUCUUCCUUCUCCCAGCCUCCACCUCUAAGGCAAAGACAGGAUGAGGAUCCAUGCAAAGCAACCUUCUCCAGCCAGGUCCCAAACACUGGUGCCUACCUGUCUCUGAGGGACCUCCAAGGCCAGUACAGCCAUUGCUCUGUCUAGGAUCUGCCUGGAGGAGACCCACAGAUGGGAAAGGCCACCUCUGCAGGGAAGGCUGGAUGGACAGUUUCUCUCCUCAGGACAUGAAUGUAACUUCAGCAUCAAUCCCAUUGGGACUGCUCACAAAUGAGGCUGGAGAACACAGGCCAACAAGGACUUACCUUCAUAACCAAAUCUGUUUCUCUGUUAAUACUGGCACAGAAACUCCUCACACUUCUCAAGUGGCAUUCCAAACCUUGCCAGCUCAUUUUCCCCUUCCCAGCUCCCAGUAGGAGACUGUGCCAGCACUUCCAUGCUUUGCAUUUUGGUGUAAAACAGCACUCAGCUUUGAGGCUGAGCAGGGAUGUGAUCUGUUUGCCUCAUACAGGCCUAAAACCCCCUAAUGGGAUGGAGAAAUGCCUGAAGAUGUGGAGAUGAGAUUUUGUACAGGGGACAAUAGCACUGCCAGUCAGUGCUGGGGUUGAUGAUGAAAUGGAUGAAGACAUCUCCUCCUGAUGACCAAGGGUGUUUUUUUUCUAUGAUGUCCCCACUUUAGGUUUUAAUCAGAGAUUACAUUCUAAACUAUUCAGUCUAGCUUUAGACUUUAGAGUCUAGACCUUAGAAUCUCUAAGGUCGGCUCAGAGCCAGAGUUGCAUCAGCUGUCUAAGCAGUGCAGUGUAAAAAAACGAAAUCCCCAUUAUUGGGUUAAAAAUACUGGGGAAAUCCCCUCCCUCUCUUUCCUCCAGCUCUGAUGGUGGCAGUAAAAAGAACUCACACAGUUUCCCAUUCUUGCUACAAUAUUUUUCAUGAAAUCGAAAGCCUUUCUGCCCUGCUGGCAAACUACAGUUAUUUGACUAUGAUAAGCUGAUUGCAGAAUAGUUCAUCCCACAUCCUGUAUGAGUGGAAAACAUCACAGCAGUGCUGCCCAUUCCUUCCACUGCUCAAGGGAAACAAUUGCCUAAUUAGUAGCAAAGAUGUGGUGAAUGAGCCCAGAAAGCUAACCCACAAAUCAGCACCUUUACUGAAAAGAAAACCUCAAUCCACUUGCAAAGAAUGGGGAUAGCACAGACUUCAUUUUUAUUCUUCCUCUACAUGCCCUGAUCUGGAUAAAGAAAAAGCCACAGAAGAAAAGUGGUAAGGCAAAGGAAGAUCCCUGCAUUCACCAUUUGUACCAUCUGUCCAUUUUCUUGCCAUAUUUCUGGACUUUUCAGCAGUGGGAAAAUACUAGCCAUGUGCUAAGAGUUCUUCAUAUCUUGUAAAAACUCUUCUAAGAGAAUUUAUACCAAAAAGCUCAAGGAUAUUGAAUUUGUUAAUGCUUCUGUCACGGCUGUGUCAACUCGAACUAAUUCUUUCCUGUCUCUGUCUGUCCAAGCAUUGAGAUUCCUGCUCCUACACUGUUACCUGACCUUGCAGUAUGCAUCCUGAAUGUCAUCAUGAGUCCCAGGUGCAGGGUCACCCACUGGCUUGGAUUUCACCUCAAAAGAGCUGCUCAAAGGGGUUGAGCCUACCUGUAGCUGGGAGAGCUUCAGAUCUAUUCCUCUCCUCUCAUCAGUUCCUUCACCAUCUGUCUCAAGACAUGGACUGCUCCAUUGUAUCCAGGAGAAAACAGGAGAUAAGGAAGAUAAGAUAAGGAAGCCCAAGGCUUUCCUAGCUGUUUCCUGUACUUUGAGAAUCUUCCCAGAUGGACUUUAAAAAGACAUAUGGGCUCCCUUGCCUCUGAUAGGCAGUUUGCUAUCCUACAUGGACCAAGGAUCCAAGCUGCACUGUCCCCAUGUAGACUUCCUUAAGUUUUUCUAUUAAGGUUGGAAAAGACCUUCAAGAUUAUCUAGUCCAAAUUUUGACUAAAUACUACCAUGCCCACUAAACUAUAUUGCAAAGUGCCACAUCUACUUGUUUUCUGAACACUUCCAAAGAUGGUGACUCCACCACUUCCCCGGGGAGCCUAUUCCAAUGUUUAGCCACUCUUUCAGUGAAUAUAUUUUUCCUGAUAUCCAACUUGAACUUCCCCUGGUGCAAUUUGAAGUAAUUUCUUCUUCAUCUAUUCUACUUGUUAUCUGGAAGAAGAGACUGACCUCCACCUUGCCACAACUUCCUCCCAGAGAGUUGUAGAGAGCAAUAAGGUUACUCCUGAGCCUUCUUUUCUCCAGGCUAAACACCCCAGCUCCCUCAGCUGCUCCUCCCAGGACUUGUGCUCCAGACCCUUCACCAUCUCUGUUGCCCUUCUCUGGACACCCUCCAGCACCUCAAUGUCCUUCUUGUAUUGAGCAUCCCAAAACUGAAUACAGGAUUUGAGGUAUGGCCUCACCAGCGCUGCACACAGGGGGAUGAUCCCCUUCCCGGCCCUGCUGGCCACAGUGUUCCUAAUACAAGUCAGGGUAUCAUUUGCCCUCUUGGCCACCUGGGCACACCUGGCUCACAUUCACUCACUGUCAACCAGCACCCCCAGGUUCUUUCCUGCUGGGCAGUUUUCAGUCACUCUUCCCCAGUCUGCAGCACAACAUGGUGCUGUUGCGACCCUGCCGCCAACAGGACCGAGCACCUUGUUGAACAUCAUACCACUGGCCUUGGCUCAUCAAUCCAACCUGUUCAGACUCCUCUGCAGAGCCUUCCUACCCUGCAGCAGAUCGACACUUCUGCCCAGCUUGGUGUCAUCUGCAAACUGACUAAAGGGGAGCCCUUCAUCCCCUCAUCUAGAUUAUCAACAGAUAUCAAACAGAUCUGGCCCCUGUACUGAGCCUUGUGACACACCACUGGUGAUGGGCUGCCAACUGGAUUUAGCUCAAAUCACUGCAACUCUUUGGGCUUGGCCAUCCAGCCAGUGUUCUACCUGGCAAAGAGUACACACAUCCACGCCAUGGGCUGCCGGUUUCUCCAGGACAAUGCUGUGGUAGAUAGCGUUAAAUGUUUUACUAAAGAUUAAGUAGGCAACGUCCACAUCCUUUCCCUCAUCCAUUAAGUGGUCACCCUCUCAUAGAAGAUCAGGCUGGUCAGGCAGAACCAACCUUUCCAAAACCCAUGCUGGCUGGGCUUGAUCCCUUUGUUGCUCUGCACCUGCCAUGUGAUGGCACUCAAGGUGACCUGUGCCACGACCUUUUGUGGCACCAUGGUCAGGCUGACAGGGCUGUAGUUCCCCAGAUAUUCCUUCCAGCCCUUUUUGGAGAUGGGUGUCACACUGGUGUAAAAAAUAAGAUUCACUUUUCUUAAUAAAUUAUAAAAAAAAUUUAACAUAAACAAAAAGAAAAUUAGGAGACAAAGGAAAUUAACCAAAGGGUUAAAACGGCCGGUUGCCCCUGGCGCGUUGCCAGGAACACACCUGAUAUCUUUGGAACAUUCUUUUUAUCCCCUCCUGCUGUGAGGGUUUAAUGCAUAUUCAAACUUUUCUAAGAAGCAUUUUGCAUGGUUACGCCCUGAACCUGCCUCUUCAGAGCACGCUUCAUAUGGUUUUUAUUUUGGCUGAUCAUAAUUUUAUUUGAAUUUGAUUUCCUUUCUUUGCAAGUGGUCAGUGCUGAUAACAGUCUGGGCCCCUCGUCCUGCCCUGGUGACAGCUGGGCUUCACAUCCUUCUGCUGCUAACAGCCUGGUCCUGGCUGCUGAUAACAGCCUUGUCUACAUUGUCCUUCCGCUGAUAACAGCUUGGGCCCCACUCUCUUUGCCCUCUGGGGUUUCUGUGCUUUGUACCACGAAAUUCCUUUAAGCUUAAAACUUGCUAGCAAGAGAAAAAGUACAUACAUAGCCAAAAAGUAUUUAACAUAUAAUAUUCAUCCUAAUACUUGCGAAAGCCAAUAUCACAAUACGGAUUUAUAACACUGGCUAACCUCCAGUCACCUGGGACCUCCCUGGCUAGCCAGGACUGCUGGUAAAUGAUGGAGAGCGGCUUGGCAAACUCUUCCUCCAGUUUUCUCAGUGUUCUUGGGUGGAUCUCAUCCAGUCCCACAGACUUGGGAGUGUCUAAGUGGCACAGCUGGCCAUUAACUACUUCCUCCUGGAUUAUGGGGGGUUUAUUCUGCUGCCUGUCUUUAGCUUCCAGCUCAGGGGUGUGGGUACCCUGGGGACAUCUGGUCUUUCUGUCAGAGACUGAGGCUAAGAAGGCAUUAAGUAGCUCAGCCUCAUUCUUGUUGCCAAUAUUCCCCUGCCAAGUCAAAUAAAGGAUGGAGAUUCUCCUUGA